CGCGCCGCGCCGCGCCCGGCCUGUCCCGGCCUCAGCCGCUCUGCGCGCUCCCUCCGCAGCGCCAUGUGGGGCUGGGCUCGCCCGGCGCUGCUCCUGCUGCUCGCGGGGGUCCUGCGGCACGGCGGAGCCUCAGGUCUUCUUGAGCUCUCCUUGGGAAAAUUCAGAAAUGUGCUACUUAACCAGACCAAUCCAGUGGAGGCUGUGAUCAGAAACAUCGCCAGCAAUGUGACUGUGGUUAUUUUUCAAGUGCAUGCCCAGCAGAGUGAUGUGGUGAUAUCCUUUGAUAAGUUUGUUUCUGUGCAGACUCCGUCGCUGAACAGCUCAGGAAUCGGCGUGGACAAAGGGCUGGUGUCCAUCCUUCGGCCCGAGCAGACCGUGUGUACGUGGUACCUGCGCGCCCUGGGUGCUGGCCAGGUGCUCAGCACUGCCAUCUCCAUUCCCUACAUGGAGAAAGAUCCUAUUCCUGGGGGCUGCAAUCUAGAAUUUGACUUGGAAGUGGAUCCAAAUAUUUACCUGGACUACACAUUGGUUGAUAUACACAUCAAGUUUGCCCCUGCAAACUUGGGAUAUACCAGAGGAGCAAGCCCCCCCUCCUGUGAUUCAGGGACAGGUCAGAGCUCCCGGUGGCGGCUGCGCUACGAUGUGUACCAGUACUUCCUGCCCGAGAACGACCUGUCCGAGAUGGUGCUCAUGAGCCACAUUCGGAAAAUGUCUGGGGUGCAGAGUGUCAGAGCCAAUGGCAUUAAGAUGCUUACGCUGACAGCUGAUGACAAGACCAAUAUCUACUUCUCCUCACUUCCUGGACAAGGUGUGAUCUACAAUGUCAUAGUGUGGGAUCCUCUUUGGAACAGUUCUGCUGCAUACAUACCUGUGCAUACAUAUGCCUGCAGCUUUGCUGACCUGGUAGACAACUGCUCUUCCCUCAGUAAACUCUCUACCAAAGUAUUCUUUACUGCUUUUGCUGUUCUUGGUCUUUUCACCUGCUUUUUUGGACACAGAUUCUGGAAAACAGACUUAUUCUUCAUGGGCUUCAUUGUCACAGCAUUCGUCUUCUUUGUGUUCAUUACCAGGGUAACCAGCCUUAGUUAUGAUGUGCGUCUUAUUUUGACAGCAGUGGCUGGAAUCAGUGGGGGCCUGCUCUUGGUUGUGAGCUGGUGGAGAUUUGGCUCUGUCCUGCUCAGCAUGUUUGUUAUUGGACUUGUGCUGGGAUUUCUCUUCUCAUCGACGCUCUUCUUUACUCCCCUAGGAGACUACAGGGUCUUCCGUGACGAUGUGGUCUUCUGGGUGACCUUUACUUGUGUAGCCUUGAUGAUUCCAGUGCUUUUUGUUGGCUGCCCAAGAAUUCUGAACAUCUUGGCUUCUGGAAUAGUGGGCUCUUACACGGUGAUCCUGGCCAUUGCUUGCUAUGUCUACACAAGCCUUGCUUACAUCACCUUAGACCUGCUCAGGAGAGUCCUCAACAAUUAUUUCAGCAGAGCUUACACCAAUGUGCCUUUUCAAAGGAAUGACUUCAUCAUCCUGUCAGUGUGGGCAAUGCUGGCCCUCAGCGGGGUCACUGUGCAGCUCCGCCGGGAGAGGAGUGAGGUGCCCUUCCCACCACAUCCCUAUCUCACCUGGAAGAGGGAAAGGGAACGUAGAAGCACCAAUGUCUUAGACCCCAGCCAUCAUAUCCCUCCCUUGAGAGAGAGGAUCCACAACAAGCUGCUGCAUUUCAAAGAGUUCUUCCAGAAAGACCAGCCAGCUGGGGAGAGAACUCCACUGCUUCUUUAACUUGCCAAAUAACUGAUGGGGAAUGGAGAGGGAGGAUCUGGGAAUGGUGAGAUGAUUACCAGCAACCAGCAGUAGUGCAAGAUUUACCACUGCUAAUUUGUCCUGCUGAAUAAGAGAUUGCUGCUUGACAGAGCGUUUACCUGUCUAGUACACUACACGCUGUUUGUGACUCCUCUGUGACACACUCUGCCUGCUGCAACCUGCUUGUGUCCAGCUGCAGAAUCCUGUACUCCUCCUGCCAAGGACAGGCAUUGAUCCUGUGGGAUCUACCUUGCUGUUUGGGUAUGUGAAAUAUCAAACAGACCUUGGAAAGCAACCUGCUGAUUGUUCCUUUGCAUGUGGAAAUGUCUGCUGAGGCAGUGCCCAACUCACUCCCAAGGGUGUGGGCGGCCUGUCCAGCUGUGAGGGGAGAGAUAGGGACUGGACAUACAAGGAAUUCUUCCAUCAGGAACUGAGCAUCUCCUUCUAACAGGUACAAAACUUGUGGCUGCAGGCACUUGCCACGAAGUGUUACUGAACCUUGCAAGCUGAACUGAAUGACUUGAAUUGAAACUGCACUGAGUUAACUGUAGUACAUGUGCACUGUGGGGCUCGGGAAUGGGAACUGAUCUGAGACAAGAAGACUUUUUCCUUUGCUUUUGGUUGCUUUUGUAGCAAGCCAGUCAUCUGGUCUCUGUGCAGAAAUGGCUGCUAAGAGAACACAAGAGGUUUGUCUCUGUUUGCUUUCUGAACAGCUUGUUCUUGUUUCUGCUCUGUUAUAGUAUCUUUUCUAAUGGUGCUGUCAUAAAAGAAAAAAGUAAAUAAGCUCUUUGUAGCCAAUUGCAAAUUUUUCCCCCAGGAGUUGGCUGAAACACUAAUUAUUUAUUUUUAUUCAUCUUUUAACUUUGACUUUAAGGGGUGAAAAUAGCAUUCAGCUAGCAAGAUACUGACCAGGAACCUUGCUGACUGAAUGUGUUCCUUACCUAUUUGAAUUGCAUCUGCCCAAAGCAGAAUGUAGUAUAAAAACAGAUGAGGGACCAAUCUCAUGUGGUGGCUUUAUGCUCUUCUUAAAAAAAACAAAAAACCAAAAAAACAACAAAAAAAAACAAUCCCAAAAAAAACAAAAACCAAGAGCCAUUUUCAAAAUGUCAGCUGGAGUGAUGUGUUUUUGGCUCAUCCCAAAGAGACCUGAGGGUGUUCUACCUGUGCAUGUCCCUUGUGCCCUGUCCUGGUCUCCUGUGGGAGUCUGUCAUGCACUGAAGGAUGGCUCAAGUCUCACAUGCUGUACUUUGACACAGAGUAUGGUGACUCUUCCUCCUUCUCCUCCCUGUGUCUGUGUCUGAACCUUCAGUGAGAGCAGCUGAGUGCAUAGUCCUGCCUGUGUGAGAUGAGUGGCUGCUCAGGUGCCUGCAUGGAGUCUCCAUGAGGGAAUUCCCCAGGAGUAAAAGCUUAAGCUCUCAGCCACCACUUUAAAUUCUUGGUAGGAAAUCUGUAAGAAACAGAGGAAAAUGGCAAAAUAACUUUUUCUGGGAACUUUGUUGUAAGUUAAAACACCUUGGCAUAGAGAGGAAUGAAUGACUUUUAAAUGGCUUUUCUUUAAGGAGUGAGAGCUCAAAGACAGUGUCUGAGGUGACUAAAUCAUUCUGAUGUUUAGAGAAAAAUCUCAUCCUUGCUUGGAGCUGGAGCACCUUCCUCAAACAGCAAAGCAAGGCUGAAAUCCUGCGGUUUGGGUCUGGUUUCCCUGUGCUAUUGCGUGGCACAUGGGGUAAACAAGGAGCUCUUCCCCAGGUCUCUGCCCAUCCUCCCUGCACUCAUCCUGAGCAUGUCUCUGCCAUGUGUCAUGGCAAGCAGCAAAACCUUCUGUGGUAUAGAAAUGCUCUUAAAUGUGUUUACCUUGGUGGAUUUUUAUAACUGCUGCAAUUAACAUUGUGCAAGAAACAAGUUUAACUUUAAUUUUCUAUAUCUUUUAUAAUAAAGAUGUCUUUUCAAAGAAUAUUGAAA